AUGGGUGACAGCGCUUGGGUGGGGACCUGGAGGCCUCAUCGUCCAAGGGGCCCAAUAAUGGCCCACUUUACCAGCCCAGGACCAAAGUACUCAAUACAGGGGACAACAGGUUACCUGAAGCACAACCCCACCAAAAGGAAAGCCCCUGCCUACACUUUUAAGGGGGCAAGGCCUUUGCUCCGUGAAGCCUGUUCUCCGGGUCCUCGUUACUAUGUGGAACCCGCAAUGACCAGGAAGGGAAAGGAAGCUGCCCCAGCUUAUACCAUGUGUGGGCGCCCCAAGGUGAAAACUGAGGUCACACCUGGCCCAAGCGAUUAUUCACCAGAGAAGUCAAAAAAGCAUGUUUAUGAAUCUGCUCCUGUGCACUCCAUGUCAUUCAGGACUAGGAGCUUCAGUGUAGACAGCACUCCAGGUCCUGGCGCAUACACGAUCCCUCGGGUGAUGGGACCCAACACAGUGGACAAAACUGCUAGCCCUUGUUAUUCCAUGAAAUGGAAGAGUAAGCUUGGUCGCUUUGAUGAGGAUCUCCAUAAGACCCCAGGUCCAGCUGCAUAUAAAAAGACAGACGUUGAUGUGUACAAAAAGAGAGCCCCCAAGUACAGCAUGAGCUCCCGGACUAAGCCUGCAGGAACUGUUAGACAUCCUGGACCAGGAAACUAUUAUCCCGGAAAGAUAACACUGACCAAGCCUUGUGCCCCAGUUGUUACCUUUGGAAUCCGACACUCUGAGUAUACAAUGCCUUUGAUAGUGGAUGUCUAUUGACCUUCACGCAAGCCGCCUUACAGAAACUACAUUUAUUUUUCUAUAUCAUGUUGCUUUAUAUUUUAAAGCUGCCAGUUUUUAUACAAAUUAUCUUAUAAUUAACAAUCAUCUAUCUUCAAACAAGUAAUACGUUUCUACAAGUUCUAGCCCUAAAGGAUGACGAAUAUUCAGAAAAUGAUCACUUGCAAUAUUUUAACUUGCCUCUGGCUAUGAAGAAAU